AUGCUUCUAACAUACCAUACAACGGAUAAGUUUGUCAUUAAGAAGAGAAGACACGAAGUUAGUGGUGAGGGUGAAGAAAGGGACGAAAGUGGAUGUGUGAGUGAAAAGGAUUUGGCCAUUCGAACAACAAGUAAAUCAACUUCAAAAAAAGGCAAGAAAAAUCGCUCCUACUCGGAUAAUUAUUUAAGUUUCGAAUUCCUCUGGUGUGGCGAUGAAGUUACUCCUGUGCCAUUGUGCGUUAUUUGUGGUGAUAAAUUAGCUAAUGAAGCAAUGGUACCCAGCAAAUUAAAGAGGCAUUUAACUCUGAAACAUAAUCAUCUUGCUAACAAGCCUCGGUCCUACUUUAAAGGACUUUUAAGUGAGCAAAAACAACAGAGUGUGAUGCUUUCUAAGAAAGUCAAAGUUUCUGAUAAAGCACAAGAGGCCGGUUACUUCGUUGCAGAGUUAGUUGUUAAAAGCAUAAAACCUCAUAAAAUAGCAGAGACUCCGAUUCUCCCUGCACGUAGUGCCAUAGUAAAAACAAUGUUUGGAAGUGAAGCAGAAAAAGAAGUGAGGAAAAUUCCCGUUUCGGAUAGUACCAUUAACAGACGGAUUCAUGAUAUGUCAGCAAACAUAGAGGAAACUGUAUGUACCUCUAUGAAGGAAAGUGAAAUGUCUGCACUUCAGGUAGAUGAGUUCACAGACAUUAGAGGUAUGGCUCAAUUACUGGUAUUCGUUCGGUACAUUUAUGAUGUUAAAAUAGUGAACCAGUUCUUUUGUUGUAAAGAACUUAAGAAGGAAACUACAACAGGCAAUGAUAUUUUCUCUACAUUAAGUGAGUACUUAAAAUCAGUUGGUUUGUCCUGGCAAUCGUGUGUGGGGAUUUGUACAGAUGAGGCACCUGCCAUGAUUGGCUCAAUUAAAGGAUUUGUGUCAUUAGUGAAGACAGAAAACAGCAGUGUGAUAACAACACAUUGCUCUCUUCAUCGUGAAGCGCUGGUUGCGAAGACAAUUAGCAAUGAUUUAAAAUCUGUUCUGGAAAAAGUUUUAAAAAUGGUGAACUUCAUAAAAAGUCGACCGCUGAAGUCUCGUCUGUUUGCUAAGCUAUGUGAAGAGCUUGAGGCAAAACAUUUGAAUCUGCUUCUACAUACGGAAGUAAGAUGGCUAUCCAGAGGGAAAGUAUUGUCACGAGUAUGCAAACUGAAGGAAGAGAUGCUUACUUUUUUCACUCUUGAACAACAAGAGGAAUUCUGUGAUUUACUGGCAGAUGACACUUGGUGUGCAAAAUUGUCUUACUUAGGUGACAUCUUUGAAAUUUUAAACAAGGUAAAUGCCAGCAUCCAAGGAAAAUCAGAACAUUUUUUAUCUUCCAAUGAUAAAAUUUAA